AUGAUGGACGUGUCCAGUUGGAAGGAGAUGGAGGUGGCACUAGUCAGUUUUGACAACGCUGAUCAGAUCGUGGAGGAUCCCUGUUAUUCAAACGACCUCAGCCCCGCUGGCCAGUCGCGGAAAGGCCAUCCCAGCUGCGCCAACCUCCUCUCCAACUUGAGAAUCCUCAUCAACAGCGAAAAUGCCAACAAUGAGACCAUUUUCUCCAGGUUCUCUGCCGAGUUCAGUGAGCACCUGGUGGGGGAGAGGGUGGGCAUGGAUGAGGGGGACCAACGAGUCAUCAUCAACAUUGCUGGGCUGAGGUUUGAGACGCGGCUCAAGACCCUCAACCAGUUCCCCGAGACCUUGCUUGGGGACCCAGAAAAGAGGAUGCGUUACUUCGACUCCAUGAGGAAUGAAUAUUUCUUUGAUAGGAACAGGCCCAGUUUUGAUGGGAUCCUGUACUAUUACCAGUCUGGUGGGAAAAUACGGCGCCCGGCCAAUGUCCCCAUUGACGUCUUUGCUGAUGAAAUCUCCUUCUACGAGCUGGGUGAUGAAGCCAUGGACCAGUUCAGGGAGGAUGAAGGGUUCAUCAAGGACCCUGAGACCCUCUUACCAACCAAUGACUUUCAUAGGCAAUUCUGGCUGCUCUUUGAGUACCCCGAAAGCUCCAGUGCGGCCAGGGGUGUAGCUUUGGUCUCCGUCCUGGUCAUUGUCAUCUCUAUCAUCAUCUUCUGCAUGGAGACCUUGCCAGAGUUCAGGGAGGAAAGGGAGUUUAAGUCCACCCAGGAGCUUUCUAAGAAUCUGACAGACACCUUGCUGGCCCACAGUACCUUCACAGACCCUUUCUUCGUCAUAGAGACUGCCUGCAUCAUCUGGUUCUCCUUCGAGCUGUUCGUCCGGUUCAUCGUGUGCCCCAGCAAGACUGAGUUCUUCAGGAACAUCAUGAAUAUUAUCGACAUUGUGUCCAUCAUCCCCUACUUCGUGACGCUCACCACCGAGCUGAUCCAGCAGAGCGAACUCAACGGGCAGCAGAACAUGUCCUUGGCCAUCCUGCGGAUCAUCCGGCUGGUCAGGGUCUUCCGCAUCUUCAAGCUCUCCCGGCACUCCAAGGGGCUGCAGAUCCUGGGGCAGACCCUCAAGGCCAGCAUGCGGGAGCUGGGCUUGCUCAUCUUCUUCCUCUUCAUCGGCGUCAUCCUCUUCUCCAGCGCCGUCUACUUCGCAGAAGUGGAUGAGCCGCAGUCCCAUUUCUCCAGCAUCCCCGACGGCUUCUGGUGGGCUGUGGUCACGAUGACGACCGUUGGCUACGGAGACAUGUGUCCCACCACCUUGGGUGGGAAGAUCGUGGGGACUCUGUGCGCCAUUGCAGGGGUAUUGACCAUUGCGCUGCCCGUCCCCGUCAUCGUCUCGAACUUCAACUAUUUCUACCAUAGGGAGACAGAGAACGAAGAGAAGCAAAUUCUGCCCGGGGAGGUGGAGCGAAUACUCACCAGCGUGGUGACGGGAAACGGCAGCAUGGAGUCGCUCAAUAAGACCAAUGGGGGUUACCCUCGAGACAAGGCCAAAAAAUGA